CACACCAACCACUAUACAGUACAGAAUUUUUAUCAACAACUGGAGAGGUAAUAAAACUAAAAGAAGAACUCAGUCACUAGCUCAAAUGAUGAUAGCCCUAGAACAAAGAGAUGAGGACAAUUACCAAGAAAGGGAUUAUAAUACUGUUUUACACACCCAAACUGCCUUGCUCACACAUCUAAAUGAUGGAAAGUCGCAGGAUCUUAAGAAUCUAGAACAAGAGAAUGAAACCCAGUUUAGGCAUAUUCAGAAUCUAGAACAAGAGAAGGAAACCCAGUUUAGGCAUAUUCAGAAUCUAGAACAAGAGAAGGAAACCCAGUUUAGGCAUAUUCAGAAUCUAGAACAAGAGAAGGAAACCCAGUUUAGGCAUAUUCAGAAUCUAGAACAAGAGAAGGAAACCCAAAAGGCAAUAAUUGAGGAGCAGAAUGAGGGAUUAAGGAAGUAUAAGAUCGAUGAUAAAUAUUUAAGAAAGCAGUUGGCUAAAAAAGACAGAAUAAACCAGGAACUGCUUGAUCAGUUGAAAGAAGCAGAUAUGAUGUGCAAUAAGCUGUCAAAGCAAUUAAAAACCUUGUUACAGAAGAAGUAG